UCUGAGUGACGGGCAGAACAUCCGAGUCUGACGCAGAAUGGGAAUUAAUGGAAAGAAUUAAACGCUUUGAGGAAGGAGGAAAUUAAUAUUUGCCGGAGAAAUAGGUUUCAAAGGGAUGAAAUAUGUCAGUCAGUCUCGUCGUGAUAAGGUUGGAGACCGCUGAUGAGAGUCCAACCCUAAAACAUAUUGAAUACCAAGCUCCCAAACGGACCAAAGACAACGGACUGGACCGUGAAGCCAGUCCAUCCGAGUGGCCGCUGCUGGUGACUGAUACUCUUCUCUCCAUUCACCGAGGACGAAGAGAACCCAUUCAGGUCACGGUCACCACACUCGAGGAGCAACACAUUCUUGAGUCUUUAACAUCAAGUAACCCAGAAGAAGAAGACCCAGACAUGGAUCCAAAAGUCAAAGGAGGUUCUGUAGAGAAGAAUGCAGGUGACAAUUCCUCAGAGACAAGCUGUGUGAGUUCAGGCGGAGUCCCUCGAAGAACAAGUAAAGAGUCGACUCCAGGAGCAUCAAGCAGUAAAGAAGGCACCCCAGGGCCCAGUGAGGAUGGCACCGGGAGAAGAGGGCGUAGCAUUAAGGACAGAGUCACCUUCGUGUCUGGAAACCCAAUGGUGGAUGUCACCCAUGGAAUUUUGCAUCUGUACAAGGAAAAUACGAAGACAAGCUUGGAGGAGACUGAAUCACGAUCAGAAAUGUUGUGCAUGUUGGCUGUUCCUACUUGUAUGACAAUUCAUGACCUUCUCCAAUUCACAGCCCCAUGCUACUCUGAGAUACAGCAUAUGAGAAUCAUCAGAGAUCCUACACCCAACCAGUACAUGGUGCUCAUCAAGUUCCGAACACAGGGUGAUGCUGACAUGUUCUACAAUACAUUCAAUGGGCAGCGCUAUAACACAAUUGAACCAGACAUUUGUCGUCUUGUGUACGUUGCCAGAGUAGAGACCACAAAGGAGUCUGAGGAUGGAGGUUUACCUAUACCAGGUCACACAGAAUUACCUACUUGCCCAGUCUGCUUAGAGCGCAUGGAUGAAUCUGUCGAUGGAAUCUUGACAAUAUUAUGCAACCAUUCCUUCCAUGGAGAAUGUUUAGCCAAGUGGGGUGAUACAAGCUGUCCAGUUUGCCGUUACUGUCAGACCCCAGAGGAGACGCCAGACCAACGAUGCUUAUUGUGCGGGUCAGCUGACUCCUUGUGGAUCUGCCUGAUAUGUGGCCAUGUUGGAUGUGGGCGUUAUGUAGGAGGACAUGCUCACAGACACUUCAUGGAGACCAAUCACCUGUUCUCGCUGCAAGUGGGCAACAACAGAGUGUGGGACUAUGUGAGAGAUAACUAUGUGCACCGCUUAUUACAGAGUGAAGGUGAUGGCAAAGUUGUAUCAUAUGAGCGAACAUCACCAGUGUCUGAUACAAAGGAGGAGUUAGUUCAAGGAGAAGAAAAGUUGACAGCAUUGCAGCUGGAAUACACACACCUCCUUUCCUCGCAGCUAGAGUCACAAAGACAGUACUUUGAAAACAAGAUAACAGAAGCUCAAGCAGAGGCAUGGCAUGAGGCAGAAGAAUCAAAAGAAGCUGUAAAAAAACUUAGUGAAGAAAUGCAGGCAGUCAAACAAGAGUUGGCUUCUGUUACACGUGAGAAAGUUACACUUGAUAAGAAGAUCAGUCAACUGAAUAGUAAACUGGCAAAGGUGUCCAAAGAUCUGGAAACAGAGCAGGAGCUUAAUCUGUCCAUGCGUCAAGGAAAACAGGAGUGGGUGUCCAAGGUCGUGAAGUUGGAAAAUGUGGUCAAGCAGAAGGAUCAGAAAAUAGCUGAAUUGGAGUCUCAAGUGAUUGAUGUGAUGGCCCACUUGGAGGCUCUGUCCACAGUCAACUGCAACCCAGAGCUCCAGGGCGGCCAGGUCUACAUCCCAAACGAGAAUGCGAAGCCACAGGGGGCGAGACGGAAACACAGAAAGUAAAGGAGGGGAGAAGUUUCCAGUUUGUGGUGACUUCCUCGGAUUUUCUAAUUUGGGACAGCUUGCUAAGAUGACCAGGCUUAUUGUGCAAAAAGACUUGUUCAAAGUUUUUUUUUUUUUUUCUGUAAAUUUUCUUUUUCUGUUUCCUCUUUUUUUGGAACAGUAAUUAAGUUGAAAGAUUCAGUUAAACUAGUCAGUAUUUUCAGUGAUUAAUAGAUCAUAUCUGUACAAGUACAAUUAAACUUGAAAUUAUUUAGGUUGUGUGAUGAUUAUAUAUAUACAAAAUAUUUGUUACUUACAUGAGUAUGAGAUUUAAAUGUUUAGGACCUUAGUAUGUACCUUAGAUUUGUGUUCUGACUGAUAUCUCAAGUUAAACUAAUCUCAGUAUAGGUAAAAAAAAAAAAAAAUAUUGAAAAUAUUAUGUUUAUGUACAUGGAAAUUGUAAAUAUUAUCUUACAUAUUUUCCUUUUGGCAUAUCUUUAUAAUCACCUAUUGGGAAUUGUAAAUAUAACUUUUCCCAGUUAUUUUUUUCUUCAGUAAUAUAAUUAUCAUAACUGAUAUGUUAUUUCAAAUUACAAAAGAAUUAAUAAAACUAUUUUUAUGGUC